AUAAGAUCGGCUACUCUGUUCUUGACUCUCCAAAGAAUUAGGGUUUUUGGUCUGCUUCGAUGGAUAUGGAUCAAGAGAUAGGUCAAAAUUCUCCUGGAUUUGAUGGUGAAUCAGUAGUGUCAAUGAGUAAUAGAAGCAAGGAGACUGAACCAGUCCCGGUUGAGAAUGACUAUUAUCGGGAAAACGGAUUCAACAGUGAUGGUGAUGGUGAUGAUGUGAAGGUUAAUGGUGACAGAAGCUCCUUCACUGAUUUGAAUCAACUCCCGGCGAUUCCGCCAGCUUCUAGUGGUCAAGGUUUGCCGUUUGCACCUGUCGAUUUCCCGAGCCCCGGCGAUGUUUGGACUUGGAGAGUUGGGAGGAGAGUGAAUAAUGCCGGGUUCCAUAAGGAUCGCUUACUCAUUCUCCCGGAGAGGCUUAAGGGCAAGAAUGUACCCAAAUCUUUUGCAAGCAAAAACACUCUUUCGCGUUAUCUCGAAACUAGUUUCCCUGAUAUGGAUGCUAAUGCAUUCUUUGCAUCUUUUACCUGGAACAUUCCGGCUUUGUUUCAGCCUGCAGAAAGAGUUGAUGCUGCGUCUCUGUUUGAAGAGACAUCCAAAGAAGGACAGAAUCAAGAUGAGGAUGCUGAGGAUGUAAAAAAAGAAGGAUCAACUUCGCGUUACAGCCAGAGGAAGAGAAAACAGGUGCAGAUACAGACUAAUGAACCUAAAGCAACUCCGCGAGCUAGCAACAGGAAAAAGACAGCCACAACAACACCAGCUGCUGAACAUAAGUCAGCUCGGGAAUCUUCCUCGAAACGUUACACAAGACAGCAACAAGGUGAUGUGUUUGACUUGACUGAAGAAAACAAGGAAUCAGAUGCAAAGAAAGGCAGCAAGAGGAUGAAGAAACGCAGAGGUAACUAUGCAGACGAAGAAGAAGAAGAAGAGGCUUUUGUUCCGCAUAUCUAUGUUUCUUCUAUGAACGGUGUCAUUGCAGUCUCUCACCCUCCUGUGGAUAUAAACCCAGAAGAGUUUGACAGUUAUCUGAACUCUCUAGAGAAUCUUCUUCAGCAACAGCCUUCAGAAGCAGGACAGGAGUCUUCAUCAUCACUUCCCGUUAGUGCAAGCUCUCCAGUGAGAGAUUACGAAUGGACAGAAGCUCGAAUGAAGCUUUCAUCGCUUCUGGAGAAAGAUUUCUCUUCCUUGUUCAUGUCUAAUGAAGCUACGGAGAUGGCAAGCUUGGCAGCUAAACUCAAGAAAGAUCCAAGCCUAUCAGCUGAAGAAAUAGUGAGGUUGAAGCUAAUCGAAGAAAUUCCAACUUUCAGCGAAGUUUUUCAAGAGAACCAAAGCAUGAUAGUAGAAGCAGAUAGGUUCUUCUCCGCUCUCGAGCUUAACAAAGCGAAGGUCGCAUCUCUCAAGUACGAAUACAGCGACUUAAAGGACAAGCUAGGCAAUAUCCAAACGGAAGUCGAUAGAAACUCAGAGACAAUCCGUCAAAUUGACGAGCAAAUCGCUCAGCUUCAAGCUAAACGAACCGAGCUUACCCGCUGCAUCAGUAACAAGGGGAAAGAGAAGGUUGAUCUAAUCUUUGGUCAGAAGAUGGUAGCGAACUCAAUCCCUAAAGUGGUUCAAGAAGUUCAAGCAGCUAACUUGAAGAAACCUGAAUGGGAAAUGAAGAAAGACAAUGCUCUUAAACGUGAAUCAGAGAUCCUCAAUAAAUUUGCCCCUCUCAAAGGAUUUUAUCUCUAAAACUAAAACCAAUUGAUGUUACGUUACAUAAGGCAAAACCUACUCUGUAUCCAUAUUUUCAUAAAGAAACAAAAAGAUCUUAACUUUGAUAACCAUUAGA